UCUGUGUUUCUGCACUCAGAUCUGCGAGGAGCGUCUCGUCUGUGUGGUGUGGGUGCGGCAUUUGCAGGAAGGGAGUCAGUGAUGAGCAAGGAGGAGGUGCUCAAGAUACAGACCUGCGUCUUCAAGGUGAACAUCCACUGCGAUGGCUGCCAGAAGAAGGUCAAGAAGAUCCUCAGCAAGAUCGAUGGCGUGUACCAGAGCAGCAUCGACGCAGAGGAGGGCAAGGUGAUGGUGUCCGGCCUGGUGGAUCCGGACACCAUCAUCAAGAAGCUCAACAAGGCCGGCAAGCCGGCCGUGCUCUGGGGCUCCAAGCCCGGCGGCGUCGCCAACCAGUUCCAGAAGCUCCACCUUGACGGUGGAGGCGGCGGCAAGGGCCAGCAGCAGAAGGACGCCGGCGGCAAGGGCCAUCACAAGGAUGGCGGCGGCGGCAAAGCCCAGAAGGGCGGCGGCGGUGGAAAAGACGCAAAGGGUGCCGUGCCGCCGCAGCCGACAGCGCAGCAGAUUCAGCAAAUGCAGCAGAUUAUGCAGAUGAAGGGGGCGACGCCCCAGCAGAUUCAGCAGAUGCAGCAGCAGAUGCAGAUGCAGAUGAAGGGCGCGCCCGCUCCCGCGCCGACACCGCAGCAGCUACAGCAGCUGCAGCAGCAGCUGCAGAUGAAGCCGCAGCAGCUCCAGCAGCUGCAGCAGCAGAUGCAGAUGAAGGGGAUGAAGCUACCGCAGUUCAUGGACGCCGGCGCCGCGGCCAAGGCGCCGUUCCAGCCGGCGCCUGCCAAGGACCCCAAGUCCGUCAAGUUCAGCCUCCCCGACGACGGCUGGGGCGACGAUGGCGGCAGCGAGUUCGACGACGAGUUCGAUGAGUUCGACGACGAAGAUUUUGACGACGAUUGCUACGAUGACGACGACAUCUACGACGACCCCAAGAUGAUGAUGAAGCCCAUGCCCGCGCCGCAGAACGCCGGGAAGGGCGGCAAUGGUGGGAAGAAGGGCGGCGGCGGGAACGAGAUCCCUGUGCAGAUCAAGGGUAACAACGGCGGCAAGAAAGACGCCGGUGGCAAGCAGCAGCAAGGUGGCAACGCCCACGGAGGCGGCAAGAACGGAGGCGGUGGUGGCCAGCAGAACAACGCCAAGGGAGGAGGAGCGCCGGUCCAGGGGAAGAAGGGCGGUCCGGCCGCCGGCCUCGGUGGCCCGAUGGGCGGCAUGCCGCCGCUCCAGCAACAGCAGCAGCAGCAGGCCAUGUUCAGGCCUAACAUGAUGGGCGGCGCCGGUUUCCCUGGAAUGGGCGGUCCCAUGGGCCACGCCCACGCGGGCGGGGGCGCGCAGGGUGGCCGCGCCGUGCAGGGCAUGCCGCCGGCGGGGUUCUACCAGGGCGCUGGGGGAGGUGGCGGCGGCGGCAUGCCGUCUGGAGCGGCGGAGAUGCUGCAGGCUGCCGCCGCGGCCGGGAACCCAAUGGCGCAGCAGCAGUACAUACAACUGAUCCAGCAUCAGCAGCAGCAACAGCAGCAGAUGGCAUUGCUGCAGCAACAGCAACAGCAGCAGCAGAUGAUGAUGAUGAACGGCCAAGGCGGCGGCGGCGGCGCAGGAGGGUACCCGCAGAUGGGCUACGGGUACGGCCGGCCACCCAUGGGGUCGUACCCGAUGCAGAACGCCUACGCCAUGCCGCCGCAGCCGCCGGCCGGCGAGCCUUACAACUACUUCAGCGACGAGGACCCCAACAGCUGCUCGGUGAUGUGA